UCAUUACUAUUAGUAUCGUUAUUACAAUGAAAAUUUGUUAAUUUCAUCCUUAUUAUUAUCAUCACUACUAUUCCUAGUAUAAUGAGCAUCACAGGUGAAUCCAUGAUGAAAAACAAACAAAUAAAGUAUGAAGUGUCAUCUGGUGCAAGCAUCAAUUGAUGUCAUACUUAGGCUUUGGUUGAAGUCCUUGGGGAAGCUCUAAGAUGUUGAAGCAGGCAAGUAGUGUGGAGCACGUUAUUCACCACAUAAAUAUUACAGUUCAUGUCUUCUUCUCAAGUCAAGGUCGCUUAUACUCUGCGUCACUCUUAUGCCUCUUCCCAAUGAAUGACUUUUACCGUGCUUACUCGUUUCCUUAUUUCCCUUUCUUUACUCUGAACAACCAGGAUAGGGACGAAGGGAAAGUGGUUGUGGAAGAUGACUUCGACUGAAAAGCUGUACGAGCAUUUCACCGUCAGUUACCAGCUCACCCUUGUCAUGCGCGAACUUCUACACGAAGAAUAGUUCGUCCACGCAAUCACCCAUUGGCACAGGAAUGUCCCUCUCCUGAGGACGUGCUUCGGCAAGCAAGACGGAGAGACUUGGGUCCGGGAAAUGCCGCAGGAGAUAAUAGACUUUGAGUUAAUUUCAGACAACGAAAUGGACGAAGAUACACACGCUAAACUUCAGAGUUACAAGUCCCUUGUGGUGCGUGAAGCUGAAAGCAAAACCAGACUCUCCAGAUGCUGCGCUAUGGGAAGGCGUUCCAGGAUAUCCUUACGUGUAUUCGCUUUUCCUGGGCAUUAAUCAUGCUAUCACUGACGGCACUACGAACACUAUCAUUUGCAUCUUCCUCGUCCAGAUCCUCGAAGAUGUUCUGGCUGGAAAAUAUAUCAGUGACAAGGACCAGCUUGGGGUUUUCGUCUCGGAUGAAAAAACAAAGGAGGUAAUAAAAGAACAAAUGACAUUCGUGAAAAGAGAUCCGGAACUCUACAAUACGUUGGUAGGAGGCUAUUAGGCACUCCAGGAAAGGCACUUACUACUAAUAAGAUCUUUCAAGGCAUUGGGAGAGGAAGAAGCAAGGACCUUAUACUUAACACGGAGCCUAGACGCCGAAACUACCACUGCAUUUAUCAAACGGUGUCGUGCAGAGGGCGUCGCUGCCAACUCAGCCUUCACAGCUAUCGCUAACUUUGCGUUUGUUGACGUCGUGGCGUACGGAGGCCUCGAGCAGGACGCCGUCAACGCCAGACAUUACUGGAAAGGCGAUACCUCUCAGUACCUCGGGUGUCAUCUCACUCUGCUGGAUGUGAUUCUUGAAACGCCGCAAAUCUCACUGAAAACUUUUGGAGUUAUGCAAAGCCCAUAAACAAAUGGACGGGGUAAAAGAGCUGCUGCCGAAGGUCUCAGGUUCUGACCCCACUUUUGAGUUCGAAUUCUGCAUCACCAACAUGGAAGACAUAACGAAAAUGGCGACCGAGGGCGGCGAUCACGCGCAGGUUGUGCAUCUCCUAAGGACUGCUGAUGAUGGAGAAAGCAAAUGGAAAGUGGUUGUGGAAGAAGACGGAAACCGAAAAGUUAUUUGAGCCUUUUGCCGUCAGUUACCAGCUGACCAUCGUAACGCGCAAACCUCUGCUUGAAGAACAGGUCAUCCGGACUCUCACCCAUUUCCACAGGAAAGUGCCUCUCUUGAGGACAUGCUUUGGCGAGCGAGAUGGUGAGGCGUGGCUCAGGGAGAUGACAGAGGAGAUAAUAGACUUCGAGUUACUUACAGAUAACAUAAAGGACCAAGAUCUACACGCCAAACUACAGGGAUACAACUUCAAUACAGAAAUUGGCCCUUUAUGGUGUGUGAAGCUGAGACCAGAAUCACAUUCUUCAGCAGAGUGUGUAUUCAGGGAAGGCACUUCAGGAUUUCCUCACAUGUAUUCGCUGUUCCUGGGGAUCAACCAUGCUAUCACUGAUGGCACUACGAACGCCAUCGUUUGCGGCUUCCUCAUCCAGAUACUCGACGAUGUUUUGGCAGGAAAGGAAAUCAAUGACGAGGAACAACUCGGGAUUUUCAUAUCAGACGAAAAGACGGUGAAAGCAAUGCGAGAACAAGUAGCAUUUGUGAAAGACAAUCCUGAAGUCCUUAGAACAUUGGAAGAGGACCACCGGAAACUACAGGAAAGGCAUUCAAUUUUGAAAAACACUUUCAAAGGAGUUGCAAAGGAAGGAGCACGAACUGCGUUUUUGACAAAGGAUUUGAACACUGAAACUACUGCUGCCUUCAUCAAGCGGUGUCGCGCAGAGGGCGUCACCGUCAACUCUGCUUUCAUAGGCAUAGCUAACUUUGCGUUAGUGGAUCUGCUGGCGCAGGGGGGCCUCGUGCAGGAAUCGUACAGUAUCCGCAAUGCACACGUCGUUAACACCCGUCGCUAUAUGGAAGGCGAUGCUUCUCAGUACCUAGGGUGUCAUAUCGCGAUCCAGAAUGUGAUUCACGAAACCCCGAGAAACUUCAGUGAAAACUUUUGGAGUUAUGCAAAGCCCAUUCACGACGAAUUUCAAACGAAAAUCAAAAGUGGUUUUCCGCUACAAGUAGAGGGAACAAAAGACCUCAUGCCAAAGACUUCAGAUUUCGACACCACUUUCGAGUUCGAUUAUUGCAUCACCAACAUGGGAGACGUGACGCAGAGGUUGACCGAGGGCGGCGAUCAAGUGCAGGUGGUGCAUCUCCUAAGGAUUGCGGAAAUAAGUAGAGUUCCGAUAGCACUGGAUAGUUUCUUGCACAGUUUCCGUGGUCGUUUCACGCAUACUCUCGCCUACAACACAUCACUUGUCACUUCGCAAAUGGCAGAACUGUAUUACGAGAAGAUAGAUUAUUAUCUUCGAGCAUCGCUAAAGAUUUAAAGGUGUAUUUCAUAGUUACAUAUUCCAAAGUAUGUUCAAUUGGCAUUUCUUUUUUUCCGUAAUACUGUCAAAUCCUUAAUCUUAUGCAUAUGUAAGUCAAGAAAGACAAAGUAAAGCAAACACAAAUUAUAUACUUUGGAAUGAUGAGAUAGAAGAACGAACGUAUAUGAGAGGUGAAGAUACUUAUUAGCAACCAAAGUUUCUUGAAAUAUUUAUGAUCAGUAUAGAUAAAAUAAAUCCAUUUUAUAUAUAUUCUGUGACCUAUAUUUAUGGAAUUUUAACUACAGAGUAAAUAUGAGAAUGUGCACCACACUAAGAUCCGUGUUACUGAAUAAUGUCAAAUUUCGGUGUCAUGAUUUUAUUAUAUCAACUAAAAUGCAUUGUAUUACCAUUUUAUAACUAAAAGAUCCUAAUACAUAAUAAAAUAAGCUUAUUUACGGACCUAGAAAAUUUACCAGUGACAGAAGCUUUAACGAUGAGAGGGGCUUUUCGGCUCAAAAAUCUUUUUUCAUGCAUUAAUCAUGCCGAUCAUUUAUUUACUGAAUUGUACUACCAACGUCAUUGUCAAUAUAGUUGGGUAGUAUUACCUUUUUUGUUUGUGUUAAUUGUGACGUUUGGCUUUUCUUUAAUUAUUUUUAAGAAAUGAUCCAUAUUUGGAUCUUUGCAUAUUUGAUAACUAAUUGAUUACUUAUUUUCCAUUCUGUCAUAACAUACUGUUUUACGUUUUUUUUUAAUUUUAUAAUUACAUAGUUUGUAUUUACUCUAAGUGUGGCGACAUAUGUUGUAAAUUACGUAUUUAGCUAUUUUAUGCAAUCACAUCAAGAUGAAAAAAAAUAUAAUUUUGGGUUGAGAUAUGUGAAAUAAUAUUAUUAACACUGUUACUAUUAUUGCCAUUAAAGUUUCUAAUCUGCCAUUAUUCGUUGCUUCUUGGUUUAUCAUCAGGAUUAUUUAAGGAUUGCGACACAAAUCAGGAAAAAAAAAAAAAAAAAAAAAA